AUGACAGAUUCUCCACCGAGACAUCUCAAUGCGUCUUUGCUGCAUGCCGAAGGGCUUGCAAGCAGUGUUCCAAGCUCGCCUCGAUUAGCACAUAGGAAAUUACCUCAACAUGACCCAUCUGUCAAGCCAAAGAGUCGGUACAUACCUCAGCGCAUCGAUGAGAUGGGAAGUUCAAUUCGCCAUAAUCUAGCCUAUUCCUCCUUGCCUGCCUCUAGAUCAGAAUCCCCAGCGCCAGCAUCCGUCAAUAUCAGUGCGCCAAAGCAAGAAAGACCAUCCACGCCUCUAUCACAGGCAGCAGGGUCUCAGGACCCUCGUUACCUAUUGAAUGCUGUCAAGAAUCUAAUGCGCACUCGCCAUGGCAGUGUAUUGACUCGAAAUACCAUAUUAAAGAUGGAUCACUUUGAAAAAGGCAUGAAUACAAAGCUGGAUUUCCACUUGCAAGGCGCACCAAAUUUCCGUGUAGCGGAUUUAAAUGUAUAUGGUGUGGCACAGCCUACGGCUGUUGGUUUAUCCACCGUAUUGGCUCUAUUAAACUGUCAUCCCAAAAGUAACAUCCAGGCAUCAUGCACAUGGUUUUUAACUCGAGAGGAACCGUUGAUCUACUUGAAUGGGCAUCCGUACGUGUUGCGGGACUAUGCUGACCCGUUGCAGAACAUGGUGGCAUUUUUAGGCAUCAAUGCAGCUCGACUCGAGAAACUAGAGGAACGAUUAAAGCAUGACGUAGUCAAAGAAGCCAAGAACAUGGGAGGAUUAAUUCUAGUGCAUCAAGAAUUGACGGACGGUACCAUUGUCCCUUGUUUCAUCGCUGCGGAUCAAGUUCAAACCCCUAGAGAAUUGUUUGAAGAAUAUCAGCAACGCGAGUAUAGGCUCAAGUAUUUCAGAAUCCCCAUUUCACCUGAGCAAGCGCCUGAAGACAACUAUUUUGAUGAAUAUGUGCGUGUCAUCAAAUCAUUAAAGCCUACAGACCCCUUGAUCUUUAACUGUGGUAUGGGUGCCGUACGAACCACUGUGGGUAUUGUCAUUGCACAGAUCAUUCGUCGCAUACAACUGCUCGAGUUGAAUGAGCCUGAUCCAUUCCCCCUUCCUGGCUGGAAUUACGCUGAUGCAAAUACUUUGGAUAAUGCAAAUGAGACACCAGUAAAAAAUAUCUCUUCUGAAUUGUUGAGAGGAUGGGAAGAAGUGGAUACCAUUCAGAGUCAAAAUCAUGCGCUAUUGAGAUUAGUCUACAUCCUAGAGCAAGGGCUUGAUUCCAAGAUGUCGCCGAGAUCAGCUAUAGAGUGGGCUUUGGAACGUGGUAGCAUGAUUGAGAACCUCAAGGAAGCCAUCAUGGGCAAUUACCAUGUCAUCACCGCCCUUACUGCAGUGGUGGACAGUGGUAAUUUUAGUAAGAAAAUGAUGGAUGAAGUGAUUGACCAAUCGGACGCUGUCAUCAACCUUCGUGAAGACAUCUUGAUGAACAGAAUCAAGCAGACAACGCAAGCUUCAGCAGGCUACGAAUCUAAAAACAGCUACAUCGCCAAAGCAGCUGUUGGCCUACAACGUUACUUUUCAUUGCUCUGUUUCACAGCGUACAUCAAUGAAUCAGCCGACGAUCAAUUCAGCACCAAAUUCUCGGACUGGAUCAAGUCGAGAAGCGAGAUUUGGAGCAUGUUGCAGAGUAUUCGACGCAAGAGCCCCAAGCUUUAUUUGUUCAGACCUGUGGAUGAUUUGCAUCGAUUGGUUCAUACCAAUACAUUUAGCGCUUCAUUGAAUUCGCACCGUCGUCAUAAUGCACUGGGUUAUGGACCUGGUAUGUUCGAAAUGGUUGGUGCAGGUGGACAGCUUGGAUCAGUUGCAUCAGAGAUUGAAGAGUUUGUGUUAAAGUCUCGCACUGGUGUUGUUCUCACUUCACAAACCAUUUUGAAGGUUGAUUUCUGGAACGCAAGUCCGUUGGAUGUUGACGAACACAAUCAGCUGCAAAAAUUACCUACACCAGGUGGCAUCAAUACAGAAGAAGAGGAUUGCAACAAUCUUGUCAACAAGAGGUCGCAACGCCAUCAUGUGUUUUUGGUAGAAGGCGGAUCUAAUUUUAGACGCAUCAAGCACACACAUGUGUAUGGCAUUGCUCAGCCCACCGUGGAUGGUCUUCGUACUGUGAUUCGACAACUCUUGACAGAUCAGCCAAAGAACGACAAGAUUCAAUGGAUCAAUUUGCGUGAAGAGCCCAUUAUCUACAUUAAUGGCAUUCCCUACGUCCUGCGCGACAGAUACUUUACAUUACGUAAUAUAAAGGUCUACAAAGGCAUUACUGGUGAUCGACUGGAGCAGCUGGAAGAACGUUUGAAGCAAGAUGUGAUUCGUGAAGUGCUCAAUUAUGAUGGCCGUAUUCUGCUGCAUGGUGAGGACAAGGACGGCAACGUGUUGGCAGCAUGGGAGGAAGUGGAUACCGAUGAUAUCAUGACUGUGCGUGAAGUCAUGAUCUCUGUUGCCAUGGAGAUUGCAGAAGAGCUGGACAGUGAUGCUAGUAGCAGCGAUUCUUCUAUCACCAAAGUGGAUCUUCGUCAUGGCGAUGUGCUCGAUUACUACCGUGUGCCGGUUACAGCUGAAAAGGCGCCUGAAUGGUGUGAUUUUGACGAAAUACGCAAUUUGAUUACUAGCACUGAUCUAUCCAAGACAGCAUUGAUCAUGAAUUGCCAGGUUGGUUUGGGAAGAUCGACCAUAGGCACUGUAGUUGCUACUUUGAUUACCCGAUGGAUCAAGCCUAAUCGCGUGGAAGGAGGCAAUGAUCACCGCCAUAAAUGCCAAUAUCUCAACUAUCAAAUUAUCAAUAGUUUGCUCAGAGUCAUCAAGAAUGGAUUAGAAGUCAAGCAUACCGUGGAUGAUGUGAUUGACAAGUGUGGUGCUUUCCUCAACUUGCGUGAAAUGAUCGAGUCAGAACACAUCAAAUCAGACAACGAAGACGAUGAAGUCAAAAAGAAGGCACACAUCAAGCGAGGCAUUGCAGCACUGCAACGCUAUUUUGUGCUGCUGUGCUUUGAAGCCUAUUUGGAUUCCACAUCACCUGAGCUCCUCAAUUCCACCCCCACAUUCGAGUCUUGGAUGACUAAACGACCUGAAAUCGGCACCUUGCUGGAGGAAUUUGAGCACCCUGACGAGCAACUGAUUACACCUGUCGAGAAAUCUAUUGGUGACGGUGUGGCACUCUCGAGUGAAAUCAUGAGCGUGGUCGCUUCUCGUCAUGGCCAAGUGUUGGCACAGCAAACGAUAUUGAAACACGAUGCGUUCCCCGGAUGCCAAAAGAUGAGUUUAAAGGAGAAGAUUGAGGGCGCUUAUAACUUUAGACGAGUGCAAGUACAAGAUAUCAAGUCCUGUGUGAAACAGCCCAAUAAGGCAGCAGAUGACAGUGGGUUAGCUGCUGAUCUGGAGCGCAGUGAUGAAGACAAGAUGACCCCACCUUACAUCUGUGGAUGUGCCAUGCCGUCCAAAGACGCCAUCAAGGCAGUGUUAAAGUCCAUGAAUGCAGGUCCUGGAGGCAAGCGAAAGGUUCUAUGGACAUGUCUUCGAGAAGAGCCUGUGUUAUACGUCAACAAGCAGCCCUACGUAUUGCGUCUGUUCCAGGAUCCACUGAAGAAUUUGGAAUCGACGGGCAUCACAACAGACCGCGUUGAAGGGAUGGAAGAACGUAUGAAACUGGAAGCGAUCCAUGAAUGGAAAGAAUACGAUGGAAGAUUGUUACUCCACGAUGAAAAGCCCAAUGAAAAGGGUGAAUUUGAUCUAGUGGGCAUGUGGGAAUCGGUCCAGAUACAAGACAUUGAAACACCCAAAGAAACCUUCCAAUCUAUCAUUGACGAGGGCUAUCAAGUGGAUUACCUGCGGAUUCCAAUUACGGACGAGCAAGCACCAAUUCCCGACGUUUUUGAUCAGCUAAUUUGUAGAACAAAAAAUGCCAACACCGGGGUCGAUGUGUUGUACAAUUGUCAGAUGGGACGUGGUCGCACAACGACGGGUAUGGUUACCGCCUGUCUGAUGGCGAUGAUUAUGAAUAAUGACUCGAUCAUGAUGGACAAGAACGGCCAUAUAUUGAUUGAUUCACCUCAGUCCACGCGAAAAUCCUUCAUCUACAACAGCGAGAAUGAAGACUCGAUAGAGGAGAGCUACCACAAUGGCGAGUUCAAGAUCAUUCUUCAGUUGGUGAGCAUGCUGACCUAUGGCAAGCUGGCAAAACGUCUUACAGACAAGGCCAUCAAUAUGUGCGAUCACAUGCAAAAUUUGCGAAAAGCCGUCUAUGAUUACAAAUUGCGCAUGGAUGCCAUCGAGGAUCCCAAAUCCAAGCAAUACAAGGCCCUCAAGGACGUUGCUCUCAACUAUCUGAUCAGAUACUUUUACUUGAUCGUGUUUGCCAACUAUCUCUUGGAGCAACUGGCAGUGACAAAGGUGCAGCAGCAGCCGCAAUCAGACAAUAUGCCAUCCAAUGAACCCGACGCCAUCUGUGAUGAGACGAUGGAUAAGGCAAGCACAUUCAAGUCAUGGCUGCAGAGCAGACGUGAGAUUACAAACAUUUUGAGGCUACAGCCUGUCGAGCUAUCUUAG